AACGCAGCGUGGACGCAACAACGCAUGAUGGCCGUGUCUAUCGUGUUGGACUAUCACGACUCCAUCGACGGACCCAUCCCUUCUUUCCUUGGAGGGGGAGGCGGCGUGAACACGGUGGAGUGGCUUGACCUUGGGCGGAGCAACCUGACAGGAAGCAUCCCGGAGAACCUGGGAACGCUGCCGAACCUUCGGAAGUUGUAUCUGGCAGGGAACCAGCUGGUUGGGCCCAUACCCUCCAGCCUGGGCGACAUCGCCACGCUGUCGGACCUCAGCCUAGCGGGAAACGAGUUGUCCGGAGCCAUUCCCGAUAGCUUCGGCAACCUGACGCUGCUGCGGUAUCUCAGUCUAAGAGACAACAAGCUAAGCGGUGCCAUCCCGGAGUCUCUGGGGAACCUCGUCAACCUGGAGGAGCUCUGGUUGAACGCCAACCAGAUCGAAGGCGCUAUCCCGGCGUCUUUGGGCAACAUGGCCACCGCGCGCAAGGUCUUCCUGAACAACAACUGCAUCGAGGGAACACUGCCUGCCACGCUGGGCAACCUAUCCAGUCUACGGAUCUUAAGCUUGCGUCAUAACCGCCUGACGGGAACGAUUCCGCCCGAGCUUGGUCGACUGAGCCAGCUCAAGACUCUCUACAUGGAGAAGAAUGAGCUGGAGGGCAACAUCCCCGACACCCUGGCGAACCUGGCCUCCCUCAAGGAGUUGAACCUGCUGGGCAACAAGUUCCAAGGCAAGGCGCAAACGCGUAACCUCCUUAUUGGCCGCCUCCCGAACUGCGUCGUGUACGUGUGAGCGUGUAAUCUUGUGGGGUUGUGGGUAGGUCUCCCUCCCCUCCCUCGCCGUGCCCCUGCUGACCACCAACCAAGGGCACUUGUGCCGUGGGGCUGAGGUAGGUAGGAAGUAAGGCGUGUGCGUGUGCUUGAUGGGGGAUGCCCAUGUUUCUGCUUGCCUUGGGCGUUCGAACAUUUUAAGAGCAUCUCUCCGUGGGUAACGGAACGGGGGGAGAGGGAACGGGGGGGAGGGGUCCGUGGAUGGUGUAGUACCAGACGACCCGAGCGCCACGCCGUUGGCGGUUGAGGUUGUGUUGCGUUUCUGCGGUCGUACUACGUCGUUUGUUGAGGCUUGUGUUUGGUCUGGGUUAGGAGAGGGUUCGGGAAGAAGGUCGUGUUGGUUUGUGCCGGAGCCGCAUGCGUUCGUCAACGUCCAACCUGUCAGCCGAAGCGGUCUGAGGUCGUGUGGAGUUGUCUUGCGUUGUUGCGGCUUCGUACGGCGGCGAUGGCGCCCACGUCGAGCAUUGCUCCCCGACCCCCGGCGGCUGAGAGAACGCGUUAAAGACGCUGGGAUCUGUUGGUUGUGCAUUUACAUGUAUUUCGGAAUCCUCCGACGAAUAAUGGUUUCGUUUCUCGUGACUUUGCAAUCUGUUUGACAAACGAGAGACAUUUUUUUCCUUGGGGGAGGACGGCUGAAACAGGUAGCUCGGCAUUAAGGUACACUAGAUUUGGCCACCCCGCACGCGCGGGUGUAGGUCGCAGCAUGAAAAGAGAAAAGAAAAAGGCCGGCGCCGUUGUUUGUGCGCAGGUGGGUGUUUAUUUUAUGUUCUUUGUGUGGUGAAACACCUACCAUAGCUCAGCGAUUUGACGAUAAUUUUUGUCAUGGCGUAUGCCCGCGCACGUGCC